UCAUCUGGUACGUAAUUUUCGUAGAUGUACAAGCAUGGAACACUGAAUGAAAGGACGAGACAUGAAUGAAUGCACUGUUAACAGCUGCUGAAGUUACCGGUUUGCGAACGUCCACAAAAUGAUUAUUUACGGAUUAAUACCCCCGAACUGCGUAAUGGACAGCGAGUGUAUGUUGUUGCUGCCCCGGGUGUGUGCGGUUCUAGCGGACCCCAGACAGUCCCUACCAGAUGACACCAGUCUGGAAAAGCUUUUGGACUGGUUGACUGGUCUCACCAAGGAGGACCAUGGCCAAGCCCUGCUGGAGUCCUGUCCCUGUCUGCUGGACUAUAUCUCCACUGUAUGUCUCGACAAAACUCCAGAUCCCAGCAUGCUUUCCUUCAGCCUCAAGCUCUCCGGCCUGUUGGCAGCUAGCCAACACGGCUUCAGCCUGCUGCAGGAUCGCUCCGUCCUUGGUGUGGCCUACGACAGUGAGCGCUGGAAGGGGGCGGGCCUCUGGGAGGAUCCAAGUGUGCGGAUUGGCUGGAUCCAUGGUGUGAAUAACAUGCUACAGCACGCUCUGGCACUGCACUUCCUGGAGCAGGCUGGCCUCACCAAACCCAUCCUGCAGCUGCAGACCGACCCCAGCCUAUUUGUUGCCUUGGCUGCCAAUCACCUCCUGGCCCAUCUUCUAACCUUCCACCAACCAACCACAGCCUCACACACAACUCAGAGGAAUGGCCUUUCUCGACCACUCAGUGAGGAAGGGGAAUUGGUCGAAACCACUCAGGCGAGUUCCGUCACCAUGGAGAUCUUGAGGCACCUGGAGAAUUCGUUGGUUUCAGACAACCACACACAGGUGCUCCAGGGGCUGAGGCUGUUGUCUGUGACACUUCCACAAGCUGAGGCUGCUCUCCGGGAGUUGCUGAUGAGUCGAGUCCUGAGGCCUUUGGAGGGGUUGGUCCUAGCAGGCCGCAGGGACCUCACCCAACCUCUCAUGGACGUCCUGCUGGCAGCCUACAGGUCUGGCCCAUGUGACUCCAGACUUGUGUUUCUGAUGACGUCCAUGCUGAACUCCCAGAAUUCCUCUGAUGCUGCGCUGUGUGCUGCUGCUACCCUCCCUCUCGACACCUGUCCUCCAGACCUGAGGGAGAAAGUUGCAGCUGUCCUCCUGGAACCUCUACAGGCCAUCACUGGAGUUAGUUUACUGGAUAGACACAACGAUCAACAGACAGACCACAGACGCACCGAUCAACAGACAGACCAGAUGGACAGUGACCAGGACAAACAGUGGGAUGGUGUCAGCUCUGUCCUGUUGGAUCAUCUCAAUAAGAAAUCAUCCUGUAUCUCCUUGAUCUGCCUGUGUGUGUCCAACACUCUUGCUGUAGUCCACACUGAGUCAUGUGCCUCAGUCCUGCAUGCUGUGAUGGCACUCCUGAAUAUCUGUAACGGCCAAUCCUCUCCGAGCACAGCUGUCAUUGGCUACAGCAAAGCCAUCACCAACCUGAUUGGCUGCAGUAAGGUUCAGAGGUGUGGCCUAGAUGCCCUCGCUAGCCUUAGCACUUGCUCAGGAGCUGUGGACCUAGUGACGGAUGUGUUACGAGUUCUUCUACAAUACCUCCACAACCCUGACUCCGACGCCACUGUGGUCCAGAAGAGCUACCAGGCCAUGUUGAGGUGGCUGAAUAUUUCUACAGAACCUCUUUAUCUGACUCCUCUGGUUGGUCAAGACCUCCUUCCUGUGUUGAAGAAGCGCAUGUGUGAUGUGCGUUGGGAGGUGAGAGACUCUACCGUUGAGUUCCUUGGCCACCUGUGUGUGAGUGGCGUGGUGUCAUCCUGCACAAUCACCCCUAUCCUGCUGGAGGCGCUGUCUGAUCAGCAGAGCUAUGUGAGGGCAAGCGCCAUCUCUGCCCUGGCCAAGAGCCUACCUCUCAGUGGUCAGCAGGGGGCAGCACAAGACCACGUUGAGAAGGAGGCAGUCCCUCGGGUACUCCACAUUCUGUCCCAGGAUUCCGAGGGCUUCGCUAGACGUGCUGUGGUCCAGUUCUUCAUAACGUGGCUGAAGACACACCCAUUAUCAUCAUCAUCAUCAUCGUCCUCCGCCGUGCUGCGUUCGGUCCUGUCGCUAGGCAGCGUGGACCUGGACUGGGAGGUUAAAUGUCAUACCCUGGAGUUGGUUGACCUCCUGAUGCAGGAAACACUCCCGGGUCAACUGGGGUCAGAGCCAGGGUCGGCUCCUCCCCCAUACGCUGUGUCUCUGUCCUAUGGUGGCUCUUUAGGGACAAACAACCCCACACACACUCACUCGCUGACAUCUAGCCUUCCCCCGCCCCCUCUCACACGCACCCCCGCUCCAACAGAGCCAAUCACAGCCCCCCAUCUCGGCCUGUCUGGGUUGGUGAAUCUAGGGGUUAUCACGGCUCUGCUCAACGGCCUGUUUGACUGCGACAGGCCUGUAGCUUUAAAAGCCUGCAGCCUGUUGCUACGGCUACGAAACACCGUCUGUCCCCGGCCACUAGGGCAGGUCGCCGUGGCGACCGACAACACAACAGUGUCUGAGGUGAUGUUUGACCUGAGUGGCCAGGUUUGGGCGCCUGAGGUGAUCUUGAGGUUGGCAGAGAAGAGGGAAUGUGAUUGGGCUGAAGAUGGGGAGGGAGUCUGUGAUAGGCUGGUUGGAAACUGUGGGUCUAGUUCCGAAGCCUGCGGUAGGUGGACAGAGCGGAGUGGGUGUGGGGGCGGUAUAGGCGUGUGUGAGGUGUUGUGGUCGCUGGGUCUCGAGGAGAGACAGAGUGUUUUGUCUCGGAGUAGUGACCACGUCCAGAACUCCCCCCUUUCUCUCCUUCAGGACAUACUGACAGCCACGCGCGCUGCGGACAUAGAGGAGGUCAUCGUGGACUGUUACUGAGGCUGAUGUGAAGGUCACUCAGUUCACCGACGCGUAACACCUCCUGCUCCUACUAUCAGAACUCAUGUUGAUUUAUUGAGUCCAGGACACACAUUUCUGUAUGAAAAAAUUAAAGUUUUGAUAUUCCACA